AUGGAGAUACUGCAAAAACUGGUACUGCUAAUGACAAUAGUGGCCUCGGCCAUGUCGCUGUGUCUGUCGACGGAACUUCGACUCUUUCCUGCGCAAUCAGCGACUACUCACCGUCGCAACAAGAAGUUUACCUUCUCGGGUAUUCAAGUCUGCUACUCGCUCGACUCCUGCUACAACAACAUCGCCGUCAGUGCGGCCUGGCGCAACGCUCCGCACGGUACUCGUUUCGCCUUUUACGAAGGCAGCGGGUGUAGCGGAGAUUAUCUCCGGAUGCAAGACAUCGUGGCCACUGGCAGCGUUGAUUUCACCAGAAUGAACUUUGCGAACAAGCUAUCGUCAUUCAUGCUUUUGGGCAAGAGCAACUACGCCACGGCUGGGAUGAUAGAGAUCUGCCACGACGAAGGCACCGUGAUCACUAAAGCUACACCAAAUGGAACGGUUGAGAAUUAG